AUGUCGCAGUCACGAUGUCGUGAUAUUUUUCACUACUUAAUUUCGAUAAACAGAACUAUUCUUCAAGAGUUACCUAAGCUAUCUCCUUUGCCAGCGAGAAAAUUGGGCUCUUACACUUGCAAAACAGUGCACAUGACGACUACGGAGUUAUUGCCCUUUCAUGCCGUUGGCACGUCACCAGAUGCCGCAGCCCAGGCCGACUCCAACAUAGAGACGCAGUUUGCCAAUGUGCUCCAUUCACUACAAGUGAACAAACAGAGGGAUCCAUUUGAUAUCAUUCAGGAUUUCAAGCAGAUUUGCGCUGACAGGGCACUUUCUACUCGUGACAAACUUUCACUUGACGAAAGCAAUACCGCACUUGCUGAAGAGUUUGACAACUGGGACUUGGAGUUCAAACUCUGGGAACUUGUUGAUCGGUUGUUCCGUUUCCGAGCUCUAUUCAGCAAUAAAGCCAAAACCGAAUUGCUUCGUGAAUACGACUUUUCGUCUAUGGGAAUCAAGCAGGAGAACUUUUUGCGGAAAAAUCCAGCGAUCAGAGAGCUUUCCAUCAUCAUCCUCUGGCUCCAGUCGCAUACUCCAUCUCUUGUAGGAGACGAAACCGAAUCUUACCAGACGAAAUGGAAGAAUACUGCCAUGGCCGUUGCAAAUUCCGACUUCGAUGUCUUAGCUAGUCGAGCUACUGAUGCUGAUUUGAUUGAUAAGCUCGAUAUAGAUGCACCUUUGCGUAGUAAUAGAUCCAUUCAUCCAGCAGAUGAAUCCAACGACUCUAAAGUAUUUGCUCAGAUCUACAAGUUGCUUCUUCAGGAUAGGGUCCAGGAUGCAAUUGAUAUUGCCAACAAUACGGGUAAUUAUGCUUUGGCUUUGAUUCUUGUCGGCGCUACCCAGGAGUACUUUGAUCCUGUUCUAGACAAGCAGGAUCUGGACUUUGAUUCUAUUGUAGCAGAACAGACAAAACCUUCCGGUAUCAAGCACAAGCUUUUAUGGAAGAAAACAGUGUACAAACUCUCGCAACAGGCGAACUUGAACAAGUACGAGAAGUUGAUCUAUAAUUACUUGUGCGGCGGUGACAUUUCAGGCAACUUACUGGUGGCUUCUGAUGACUGGGAACAGACUUUACUUUUGUAUUUGAGUCAGCUCUACUCCUACAACAUUGACAAUUUUAUUGUAUCGCAGUUGUCUUCUGAACAGGAGAUUUUGCCUGUCAACAUUCCCAAGCCUCAGCUAAACACGAUUGCUGAAAUCUUGAAUACCAUACUGCACUCAGGUAAUUUGUUGACUCAGCAGAGUGAAAACCCGCUCAGAGUCAUCAUGGGAAGCGUGAUGUUAGAUAAUGUCCCUUCUUUAUUGCAUAAUUUGACCAGUUCACUGACUGGAGAGCCAGAAGCUCUCAAGAAACCAUACAUUUCCAGAGUGCUAACUCAUUUGGCUAUAUUCCAGCUUCUAGUAGUAGGUACAGACAACAUCAACAACGAGGAUAUCACGACUAUAAUUACCUCGUACACGUCCAAAUUGGCAGAGUACAAGUUGCCUGAACUUAUUCCUAUCUAUCUAUCGUUUGUACCUAACGAAAAGGACUCUCGUGAAGCGUAUGCACUUUUCUUGUCCUCGUUGACAGACUCAUCUGAUCGUAGCAAACAGAUAGAAAUCUCGCGCAGAAUUGCAAAUUCGAUCUCAGAAGUAGACGAGGCUAUGGAGCUCGCUGCAAAUACCCAGGAAGACAAGAUGAUGAAUGUUUUGCGUAGAACUGUUGAAAGGGUGAUGAAAGAUACUGAAUCGCACUAUAAACCACAGGCAGUAAUUGAAGUUCAGGAUGAUAUCAACUCUGUAGAUGAUAUUGAUUCCAAGUUGUACCACUCCGUUGAGUGGUUCUAUGAGAAUAAAAUGUAUGAGGAUGCGAUUGUCGCAACUAUUGCCAUCAUCAGAAGAUUUCUUCUUUGCGGAAAACUAGCUCCUUUAAAAGCAUUUAGUAAGGGAAAGAACUUCAAGUUGUUAUUAGUCGAAUACGAUACUCAGCUUCAAACAAAGAGUUUAAUUUUUCAAAAUGAGCCAGAGAUCGUCACAGAAGAAGACAAAGAGGAAUUGUUAGCGUACGCAUCUCUCAUAGAAGGUUUGAUCUUGAUAGACGAGUGGAAGAAGUUUGUAAGCACUCAAAUCAAUAGUCAGGGUAAGUGGCUUUCUACUGGUGUAGAUAGCUCGAUAGAUAAAACAAGCAAGACUUUAUUGAAUUUGAUUUUCAAGUGGUUCAAGAAUACGUCAUCCGAGAAAGAUAGCGACUUGGCAAUCUACUCUGAGUUCAGAAGCAUUUAUGUUCCGUACUUGAUUAUCGAGUUGUUGAAGAUCUUCCAAAAUGCAAGAGAAAAGGACUGGAAAUACAUGAGAAGCGCCUUCUCGUUGAUUAAUGAUGUUGCCAAUGAAGAACAAAACGACUUCUUGAGCUGUUUCUUGAAAUGUGGAAGACUCGAUGAGUUUUUGGUGAAGGCCGGAGAGGUCUCGAUCGUUGCUGUAGAGAAAGGAAUCUCUGGGAUAUUCUACUAG